AUGACCAAAGAGGCGUCUAACGGCCAGGCGCCGCCUGAUGGCGAAGCGCCGCCAAGCUAUACCACGGCAACGGAAGAUGUUCUAGAUGCCACUGAUCCAUCUCAAAACAUCGAUGUUACGACCGCUUUUGCAAAUCUCUCCCUCUCUUCGGGUCCAUCAACUGGCGGUCCUAAUGUUGACACCACUCUGGCUCACUUGAAGCUUCUCCACGCCAUCGAUACCCUCAAGGAAGAUGUUGGUUAUACAGAUGGCCUCUUUGGCAUCUUCGACAGCCGUGCCACAUGGGACAGCGAGAUCCUUCACGGCGCGGCUCUGCCUCCAGGAGUUCAGCUAGAUAAGCUUGGUGAAGGUGACAAAGAAAAGCUUGCUCUUAGUCGUCUACGCGAAAAGCGAUGGGCCAUCUUUCUUGCACGAGCAGUGGAUAGAUAUGAGGCGUGGUGGCAUGCAAUGGCCCAAACCAAGACCAUGUUGACCGAACAAGAUAUGUCGACACCGGAUAGCCCCAAGUAUGUCGCCUUUUCAACCAGUGGCAAACCACUGGGUUGGACCAGAGACUCGAUCCCACCGUUGGACGUCCUCAUGGUCAUGCAUGCCCACAUGUUAAACCCCAGAGCCUUCCUCGAAGACACUAUGCGCGCCGGCUUGGUCGAAUACUGGACUUCGGGCAUGCCAUGGAAGGCAGUAUCUGAGGGUAUCACCGUUAAUUUUGAGGAAGACCCCAGUGAAGUGGCGAAGAAUAACUGGCUUCGGACGGGGCGUCAAUGGAACAACUCGGCAGAUCCCAUGGUGAAGACCCUCAAAUGCCCGUGGUGCAAGGUGGACAUGCAAGUACCUUGGACCACCUGCGGAGCCGUCGAAGAUGCAGAUUCGUCUAUCCCGAUUGGCAUCCUCGGAAGCGGAUAUGGCGACGGCAACUUCUCACACCAAUGCCCAUCAUGCGACAAAGCCAUCAACAAGGAAAUCCUUUCCCUCUCCAAAUUUGUCCAUGAUACUACCCUUCUUCUUGGCAAAGACGUCCCAAUGCCCGGUACACUGCUCGACAUUUCAUCCGGCCAGCCGACACUUACACCCAACCCCUUGGUCGUUCCAAACUUUACUCGCAUGUUUCCAAAUCGCAUGAUCCGUCACGAGCUGCGCAUCAAGAUCGUAGAGCUUCUCGAUCCAAAAUCGCAAAGCCCCAAAUCCUCCCCGUCAAUGGCCGACGUGCGAGACCUCAUCGAAAAGACCAUCAGAAGCGACGAAGCAGUCCGUCGAAUCGACGGCUCCACGCGCCGCGUAGGACUCCAACUUAUACGCCGCGACGCCAAGAUCACCACCCGCAAGAUGAUGAGCCGCUACUGGGAGAACUUCUCCCCCUUUGCGCUCGAUCUGUGCGGUGCCGUCAUGCGCCAAGGCGUCUUCGUCGAGAAAAUGGUUAAGCUUGACUGGCUGCACAGCCCGUCCGCCAAGGCUACCAUGGGCCGCCUCAUCACAAAGUACAAUCGCUUCAUGCAGAUUAUUAAAAAGAAUCCUUUCAAGAUGGCCGUUCCUACAUUAGAUGUAGAUCUGGCUUGGCAUACCCACCAGCUGAGUCCCCAGGAUUACUACACUUACACCAUAAAGGAGACGUUGAAGUUUAUCGACCACGACGACAAGAUUGAGGAGGGUGAACUAAGCGACGCAUUUGAGUGGACUACCAAGACGUAUCAAGAACUCUUCAAAGAAGUAUACAGCGAGUGCACAUGCUGGUACUGCGAGUCCAUCCGUGUCUCCCAGGGCUCCAAAAUCGGGAAAAUGUUCAACGUCUCCUCCAGCCAAAAGCUCGCCGACACCUUCCACGACUCCGGAACCGCCAAGCUCUGCCCUCCGGACAACUCGGCGCAUAUCUCGGCGCAUAAUUCGGUGCGAACCCUUGAGACCCCCGAGCGCGCAAAGUUCACGGCCUAUAUCCGCGCCCGGCAGAACCGGAGGCUCAACGAGGCCUACCAGAAGGCCGCCAAGCGAGCGGAGAAGAAGGGACGGGCUCUGCCGCCCAGGGAUGAGUAUUACGAUCAUUGGGGAUACAACUACUACAUGUAUGGCCCGUUCAUGUAUCCCAUCUACUUCGCUCCAGGCUUGUACUACGGCUGGGAUCCGUGCUACAUCGCCGCGGGAGAUGGAGCCUGGGCCAACUGCGCCGCGGGAACCUGUGGAAACGGGAAUAUCGCCGCAGGAGGCUGUGGAGGCCCUGGUGGAUGCUCUGUCAAUCCAGGUGCAUGUGCUUCCGGAAUGGCCGGUGGGGGAGCGGCAUGUGGCAUAGGAGGAGGAGGAGGAUGCGCAGGAGGAGGAGGAGGAGGAGGAGGAUGCGGUGGUGGUGGUGGCGGUGGUGGAUGCGGCGGUGGAGGUUGUUAA